AUGGACUCCAAGCCACGUGGGACUCCGCGAAACCAGCAGCAGCGGGAGACUCAGCCGAAGCAUCAGCAAACGCAAGACGUCCUGUACCUCCCACCCCCCGCGUUCCCCAUUCAGCCGCCGCAACAGCAUCAGCACCAACGAAUGCUGCUGCAGCAACAGCAGCAGCAGCAGCAGCAGCAGCAGCAGCAGCAGCAGCAGCAGCAGCAGCAGCAGCAGCAGCAGCAGCAGCAGCAGCAGCAGCAGCAGCAGCAGCAGCAGCAGCAGCAGCAGCAGCAGCAGCAGCAGCAGCAGCAGCAGCAGCAGCAGCAGCAGCAGCAGCAGCAGCAGCAGCACCAGCACCAGCACCAGCACCAGCAGCAGCAGCAGCAGCAGCAGCAGCAGCAUCAGCACCAGCAGCACCAGCACCAGCACCAGCAGCAGCAGCAGCAGCAUUUCAAGUUCGAACAAAUGGCGUCAGACGAGGUUUCUCCAACGACCAUGUCGGACCGUCGCAGCUCGCACCUGUCCCCCAUUCCCCUGACUUUCGCGGGCGGUCAUGUGUACGCUGAAGGGUUCUACGCCAACUCUCCGCCAGUCGCUUUCUCAUCCAUGUUCGGUAGCGAGGGGGCGCUAGACAACUUAGAUGGUAACAAUGCUGCAACGGGUUCGUCGAGAUUCGCCAAGGAGUGCGAGGUUGGCGAGAGCGGGAACGCGGCUUCUGUAAUGAUUGUCGGGGAAGCUGGUAACGGGGAAGAGAUGGAUCGUGACAAUAACGAGGGUCGGAUGGAGGUGGGGGGUCUGGAGAACAUUUGGACCGACGAAUCAGAUAAAAUCGAGAACGUGGAGGGGAGGUUCGAGGGGAGGCUGGAAGGCAGAUCGGAAGGGAGAUCGGAGGAGAGGGGGAUGACGAGGGGGCGCCAAGCGAACGGCGGAAGGGAAAAAGACAUGGGGGAUGCGUACGGGCCGACAGCAGCGGCCGGAACGGGCUGUGAUUGGCCGACGUGGCCUGAGUACACUCCAGACGAAGCCAUUGGAGCUGACUGGGCGGAGCUGCUGAAGGUGGAUGACGAGGUGGUGGUGCCGUCCAAGCUGGAGACAGCUCAAGCGGGAGGGCAGCAGGGCUCGUCGUCCUCCCUUCCCUGGGAACUCCGAUACCCGCAACCGCAGCAGCAGCAGCAGCAGCAGCAGCAGCAGCAGCAGCAGCAGCAGCAGCAGCAGCAGCAGCAGCAGCAGCAGCAGCAGCAGCAGCAGCAGCAGCAGCAGCAGCAGCAGCAGCAGCAGCAGCAGCAGCAGCAGCAGCAGCAACAGCAACAGCAGAACCAGCAGCUACACCAACAUCACCAGCAGCAGCAGGAAGAAAAUCAGCAGCACCAGCAGCAUCAGGAGCAGCAGCAACCACAUCAUCAUCUGCAGCAGCAGGAGCGACACGACCUGCUUGCGAAACGCCCGACCCCUCGGGAAAACCGUUCUGCAAGCCAAGAUAGCCAUCAGCGGCAGCAGCUGCCGCAGCAGCACCAGCACCAUCAUCACCACCAUCACCAGCAGCAGCUGCAGCAGCAGUACCAGCCGCACCAGGCACAACACGCAAGCACACCCAACCCCAGCUUCCCACCCCCAUCUCACCUCCCCGCCUCACCGCUGUCCAGGCCGCCAUACCCGCCCUUCCAAAAUCCCUACUCCUCCCCAGACCUCCCGUUCUCCCUGGUUGCGGUGCCAGGGAUGUACGCACAGAUCCACCCAGGGGGAAGGGACCCUCUGCCCCUGCCGCCGCUGCCCCUGUCGCUGGGGGGGAUGCCUUGCGCCCUCCGCGUGGCUGCGCCCGCAUCCUCUGCUUCCACUGCUGGGAACAGCGGUGGUGUGGGAGGGGGGGGCGGAGGGCGCAGGGGAGGGGGAGGGGAAGGGGGAGGGGGAGGGGAAGGGGGAGGGGGAGGGGAAAGGGGAGCGGGACGCGGAGGCGGAGGAGGAGACGGGACGGGAACUUCGUCGCAUGGAGCAGCAGUCAAUGGUAACGCUGCCAUUGCUGCCACUGCUGCCAUAGCCGCUGCUGGUGCCGCUGGUGCCACUGCUGGGAUGCAGGGCCAGGGUGGGGCCGGGGGUGGCGGUGGUGGAAUGGAUGGGGUAAGCAUGUGCCGGAUCGACACUUUAGGGGGGAUGAAUCUGCUUGCCCCGGGGACGGACGCUGCUGCCGCCGCUGCGUCUGCUGCCGCGUCUGCUGCUGCCGCCACCGCUGCUGCAGCUGCUGCUUCGGGCGGAGGGGUGGCGCCCGCGGGGUCACUGGGAGGGCGCGGAGGGGAAGGGGGGGCGACGAGCAGCGUGGGCGGGGGAGGGGGGUUCAGCAUGGGGGGAGGAGGCGGGGGAGGCGGCGGGUUCAGCAGCGAUGGGGGGAGUUCCGGCAAGCACCGGCUGCGGUGGACGCCAGAGCUGCAUGAGAAAUUCGUGGAGGCCGUCGCAAACCUCGGAGGGGCUGACAAGGCGACGCCCAAGGGUGUUCUGCGAGUCAUGGGCGUGCAAGGCCUCACCAUCUACCACGUCAAGAGCCACCUGCAGAAGUAUCGACUCGCCAAGUACCUUCCAGAUCCUUUGCCUUCCACACCCCGAGAAAAGGAGCCAAGACCAGAGAGGGCAGAGAAAGCCCCCAAGCGCAUUGCCUCUGGAGUCUUUGCACCUGCGCCCGUCACACUAGCUCCGCCCCCCUUCCCUCCUGCUGCUGCCGCCGCCGCCGCCGCUACCGCGGCCGGCGCUGCAGCUACUGCUGCUACUGCUGCUGCUCCUGCUACUUCUGGUGCUGCUGCUGUGGCCGCCACCGCUGCGGCUGCGGCUGCCGCUGCGGCUGCUGGCUCUCUGGGCUUCCAGCCUGUCGCUACAGACGGCGAGCCUUCGUCGCUCGACCCUGCUGUGUAUGUCGCUCGACCCUGCUGUAAAAUCAUAGAGGAGCAGGCGAAGGCGAGUGGCAUGGUGGUUGCCAGUAGGUCGUCCACUGCCGGUGGGGCAGUCACGUCUGCUGACCCCGCUGGGGCUCUGAACGCGGGAGCGGGGGGACGAGUGGGGCAAGGAGGGGAGGGUGGGGAAGGAAUGGUGACAGGCCGGGAAACUGACGCAGGUCCAUCUGCCGAUGCUGGUGCUGCUGGUGCUUCUGCUGUUGAUGCUGCUGCUGCUGGCUAUGUUGGUGGGUUGGCAGGGCACAGUGGGGAGAUCUCCCUAGGGGUGAGCUCGACUGCACCCAAUCAGCCCUUCUUAGUGGUGUCAGCUAAGCAGCCCAAGGCCCCUCCACGCCUGGUCUGCUCCCCCCUCUCCUCCACCCGCCUCCUCCGCCCCCUACCAUCCCCAUCCGCUUCCCCUGCCCUCUCCGCACCACCAUCCCCCGCAAUUGCGAUGGACCCGCCUGGAGCUGCACCUGAGAUUUCUCCUGCUGCUGCUGGUGUAACUGGUCCCUCUUCUGUUGCACCUGAUGUUUCUGCCGCCCAGUUUGCCUCCCAGAGUAUGUCUGGAGCAGCUGCACCUGGGAUUGCGCCGGCACCUGAGAAUCCACCUGGGAAAACACCUGCUUUAGGUGGGCCGUGUGGGUCGUCGGGGCAGGAGAGGGAGAGGAGGAAGAGGCAGAGGACGAGGGAGGUGAUUGUAGACGUGUGUGGGGACUUGGAGGAUGUGUGUGGGGAGGUGGAGGAGGAAGAGGAGUGUGGGGAGACAGAGGAGGUGGAUGAGAGGGGAGGUGAUGCUGGUGAUGGUGAUGGUGAUGGUGGUGGUGGUGGUGGUGGUGGUGGUGAUAGUGAUAGUGAUGGUGAUAGUGGUGGUGGUGCUGCUGUUGCUGUUGCUGCUUUUCCUGCUGCUGCUGCUGCCACUGCUGCUGGUGAUGGUGCUGGUGCUGGGUGUGUGUCAGCCCCUGCGCCCAUCUCUCGCAGCUCCAGCUAUGUGUCUCUACAGCAGCAGAGGCAGAGGCAGCAGGGGCGGAGUAAAAUGCAGACUAGCAUGGGUGCGGGUGCCAUAGCAAGCGCGUCCCACGGCCUUCCAUACACCCCAGCCCAUUCCCCAGUGCCACCACCUGCUGCUUCUGCGCUUGCACCUGUGGCAGGUCAUGCUAGCGUCCCAUUACAGUCACACCCGCAUACAGGCACUCAUUCAGUCCCGCCUCCCCCUUCCCAUCUGGCCCAUCACCCCCCACCAAACCAUACCCACUACCAUGCCAUUCCACACCCCUCCUCCCACCCCCAGCACCACGCCAUGCCACCCGCCCCUCACUUCAUGUAUUCCAUGCCAGCAGGCAUGCAUGGGUAUCCGCCACCGCCCAUGCCGCCUGGCAUGGCAGCACACUAUGCCAUACCUGGCGCGAUAGGGCAUCACAUGCCGCAGCAGCAUGCCAACAUGCCCCAACAUCAUAACACGCCGCAACAGGCCAGCAUGUAUUUGAACGUUCACCCAAGCAUGCAUCCCAGCCAUCCAAACCAUCCGGGCCAUCCCAGCCAUCCAAACCAGCAGCACUCAGGUCACACGGGUGGUCAUGGGGGGCAUGGCUCUCCGUACAUGUAUGCGGGAAUGCACCCUGCCACCACUGCCACUGCUGUGUCGUCCGCGCCAUCGGGCCACCCUUACCCCUUGGCUUUCAGCCCUCUUACUGUGAUGCAGCCGCAGCAGCAGGAGUGUGAUCAGCAGCAGCAGCAGCAGCAGCAGCAGCAGCAGCAGCAGCAGCAGCAGCAGCAGCAGCAGCAGCAGCAGCAGCAGCAACAGCAGGGAGGUGGUUUCAGCCAAGGUGGUGUGUCCAAUGCACCCAUGCAGCCGCUUACUUGGACCCAACCUGGCAUACAAGGCUCCAACCCUCGUGCUGUCGGCAGCACCUUGGUCCUGCUCUCCCCUAGGGAUGCUGCUGCUGCUGCUGCUGUGGCACAAGAGUCACCCGGUGGAGGUGCAGUCAGGGGGGCCGGGGGUGGGGGGGGAGGGGGAGGGGGAGGGUCGCAGCAGCGGAAGCAGAAGAAGGUGCGGCAGCAGAGGCAUCAACAGCAGCAGCUGGCUGCAGUGGUUGCAGCAGGGAUGCUUGCAGGGAGGACGCAGUAUCACCACCAGCAGCAGCAGCAGCAGCAGCAACAGCAGCAGUAA